AUGAAAAAGUACUAUUUGAAUUUUUCCGAGAUGGAAUCGUCUGACAGCGAGGUCGAAGAGGUCGAACAGACAAACACCGGACUGGAAUUUCUGCUCAGGAACGCCCGAUCUCACCCACUCCCUCAAUUACGUCCUUUCUUGGAAGAAAUCUAUCACUUCUCAGAGCGCGAACCGUGGAUACUCAAGUUCAAGGGAUUUUUCCUGGUUAAAAGCGACUCAGGGAUCUUUCAACUGGUCAAGUUUCCCCUUGGACCUCGUCAUUGCUGGACCUUGGAAACGACCAUUGGAUCGGACCACCUCACCGAUCUGGACAACCGUCUCUGUGCGCGAAUCGCGGAGCAAGAAAACAAAGUCCUUGUCGUUGUUGAUUCAGCCGUACUUAUGGUCAACUCAGUUCCUCGACGACGAUCCCGACUUGAAAACGACGGCUACGAGCUUGCCCUCUCGAUUGAAAACGGCUUAGCUGUAUUUUACUCUGUUGGAACCUACUCACUUGUUGUCUAA